AUGGAAACUACUUUUCUGCUGGACGACUUCUCCCAUUUUUAUAGCUUCUUUCAAGAUAGUGGUAAUAGCAUCCCGGACGAUAGUGCCGGAGGUGGUGGUAGUGGUGGUGGUGGGAGGAAGAGGAGGAGGGGCGCCGGUGGGGGUUCUGGAGACGAGAGUGGGGCGUUGAAGGAGAUUCUCGCUUCGUUGCUGUUGUUGGAUGAGGAGGAGAAGUUGGAUCAGGAGAAGUGGGCUUUGGAUAAUCAGAACGAGAGGGCUCUGUUCGAGGAGAAUCACAGGAAGAGGGCUCAGGCCAUGAAUGAGUAUCGCGCGGAUAUGGUUGAGCGGUUUGGUGAAAUGGAGGAGAGUGAGAGCUCGAGGGUGAAGCGGGCGCGGCGGUCGGCCUCCACGGUGGCUGCUGGGGUUGCUGCUGCUGCUGCUUCUUCCGACAAUGUGGGCUCGGAGAGUUCGAGCCAGCCGGUGGGGCACCACCGGCGGUUGUGGGUGAAGGACAGGUCCAAGGCCUGGUGGGAGUGGUGUAGCCACCCGGAUUUCCCGGAGGAGGACUUCCGCCGCGCGUUUCGGAUGAGUCGAGCGACGUUUGAUAUGAUUUGCGAUGAGCUCGACUCGGUUGUCACCAAGAAGGACACAAUGCUUCGCCUGGCGAUUCCGGUUCGCCAGCGCGUGGCCGUCUGUAUAUGGAGGUUGGCCACCGGCGAGCCUCUCCGCCUUGUGUCCAAGCGAUUCGGAUUGGGGAUAUCCACCUGCCACAAGCUCGUUCUCGAGGUCUGCGCCGCAAUAAAGACUGUUCUAAUGCCCAAGUUUCUUCAAUGGCCCGACGACGAGAAAUCGAAGAUAGUGAAAGACGAAUUCGAAUCCAUUUCAGGAAUUCCCAAUGUUGGAGGCUCAAUGUACACUACCCAUAUUCCAAUUAUCGCCCCUAAGGUCAGUGUUGCCGCUUAUUUCAAUAAGCGCCACACAGAGAGAAACCAGAAGACUUCAUACUCUGUUACAGUUCAAGGGGUUGUUGAUCCUAAGGGGGUUUUCACCGAUGUUAGCAUUGGUUGGCCUGGUUCAAUGUCGGAUGAAAAGGUUUUGGAGCAGUCCUCUCUUUACCAACGCGCGAAUAGCGGAUUUUUGAAGGAUGUUUGGGUUGUUGGUGGUUCUGGAUACCCUCUUCUGGAUUGGGUCAUGGUGCCUUACACCCACCAGAAUCUCACUUGGACCCAGCAUGCAUUCAAUGAGAAAAUUGGGGAUAUCCAGAACGUUGCCAAGGAGGCCUUUGCGAGGUUGAAGAGGAGGUGGUCUUGCCUGCAGAAGAGAACCGAGGUGAAGCUUCUCGACUUGCCCGUGGUUCUUGGGGCCUGUUGUGUAUUGCACAACAUCUGUCAGAUGAGGAAUGAGGAAAUGGAUCCAGCGCUGCAGUUUGAGCUUUUCGACGAUGAGAUGAUUCCAGAGAAUGGUUUGAGGUCCGCGAGCUCGGCCCAGGCCAGAGACCGCAUUGCCCAUGAUCUAUUGCACCAUGGCCUUGCAGGGAAUGCUUUUCUAUAGUUAUUAAUGUAUUGUAGCUUUUAUGCUCUGAGUUUCUCAUUCUUUUUGGCUACCAAUAUUAGAGAUAGUCAUGAUGCAGAAUAAAAAGCAUAUUUCAUUUGUCCA